AUGAUUAUUGGUGCUCACGUGUCCGCCGCCGGCGGCAUCGGCAAAGCCGUGGACCGCGCCGUCGAUAUCGGCGCCGAGGCCGUUCAGAUUUUCGGAUCAUCCACCCGCUCCUGGCGCUUCAAGGCGCUCACCGACGCCCUGGCGGACGCGUUUCGAGAGAAGAACGCGUCGGCCGGGUUGGCUCCGCCCUUCCUCCACGCCAUUUACCUGAUCAACCUGGGCAACUCCAAUCCCGAAAACGUCGAUAAGUCCAUCACCUCCCUCGUUCAGUACAUGCAAUUGGCUGACCAGAUCGGCGCCGGCGGCGUUAUCUUCCACCCCGGCAGCCACGGCGGCGCGGGUUACGAGGGCGUUUUCCAGCAGGUCGUCGAUAGCAUCAAUCGGGUACUCGAUCAGUCCCCCGAGGGUCCGUUGCUUUGUCUGGAGAACAUGGCCGGCAUGGGUCAGCACAUCGGCGCCAAAUUCAGCGAAUUGGGCGAUGUCAUGCACGCCGUGGACAGUCCACGCCUGGGCAUCUGCCUGGAUACUCAGCACGCCUUCGCCGCCGGGUACGAUCUCACCAACCCUGACGGUGUUGCCGGCAUGAUCGACGAGUUCGACCGCGAUAUUGGCUUGGAUCGGUUGAGCGCCGUUCACGCCAACGAUUCCAAGCGCCCCUGCGGCUCCGGCGUGGACCGCCACGACAACAUCGGUGAGGGCCUCAUCGGCGAACCGGGAUUCACCAACAUCAUGUCCCAUCCUGCCUUCGCGGACGUGCCGUUCUUCCUCGAGGUUCCCGGCUACGACAAGGACAAUCGCGGCCCUGACAAACCCAACGUGGAUGCCCUCAAGUCGAUCCGCGCUCGCGUAACCGCCCAAUAA